CUAACACGUCACACAUGCCACCGGAGCCCGUACCUGCCCUCUCCGCUUCUCAUGCGGUACAAAAGCUCCACGCAUGCGAAGUGACUCUCCCUUUUCUCUUUAAGAUAUAAGUACAACCCGUGGAUCCACUAUGGCAGAUGAUGAUUUCUCCACUGCUGAUGCUGGGGCCUCUACAACAUACCCAAUGCAGUGCUCUGCACUGAGGAAGAAUGGCUAUGUCAUGCUCAAAGGACGUCCCUGUAAGAUAGUUGACAUGUCUACCUCCAAGACUGGCAAGCAUGGACAUGCAAAGGUUCACCUUACUGGACUUGACAUCUUUACUCAGAAAAAGUAUGAAGAUAUCUGCCCGUCUACCCACAACAUGGACGUUCCAAAUAUAACAAGGAAAGACUAUCAGGUAAUUGAUGUGGCUGAUGGUUUCUUGGCUCUGAUGGAUGACAAUGGAGAAACCAGAGAGGACCUUAAAUUGCCAGACAGUGACCUGGGGAAAGAGAUUGAGAGGAGGUUCACUAACGGGGACCAGUUUAUGGUCUCUGUGUUAAAAGCUAUAGAUGAAGAGCAUGUAGUGGGCACUAAGACCAUGACUUCCUAAUAAGUCAAGGACAACGCUGGAGACCUCACAAUCCUAUCCUCCAUUAUGGUUUUGGAGCCUCACCAAAGCUACUGGCCUUCGCCCCCACACCGCCACCAGUUUUGCUGCUGUCAGCUAAAAUCCAGAAACUGGACGUGGUCAGCUUCUUCCCUAUCUAAAGCUCAGACGUGACUGGCAUUCUCUCUAAACAGUCAUCUUCCCCUUGCCAUCACAGCAUAACUUUGCAGUGGGUGCUGAUAUUAUUCCAGUAUUUCCUACAAAUAUUUCAGCACUCCAUAACAUUCCUGUUUGAGUACUCGUUAUGUGUAUUUGCUUUUAAAUUACGUUUUAUUUUUUAAAAAGUUAAACAUUUUCAGAUGCCUGUAAACAUGCCUUAUGUUUACAGGGUAGAUGCUGUACCUGAUUUAUUCUCUUUAAUGUUUCCCGUAAAAUAAUUCAAACUCAGCUGGCUGAUAUUUGCUCCAGCUAUAAUCAUUGCACAGUUAAGAGACCCUAAAGCAUUAACGUUAUUAGUAGCUUGACUAUACCUGCCUGCCUGCCUUUACAAGUGACGCACAGGCAUCUGCAUGCGCAUUCAUGACUAGUAUACUCAUGCCUUAGCAGCUAUGAAUUUAUGUAAAUGAGAAUUUUACUUACUCAUGGCAGGAUUUCUACAGCUCAUAGCCAGGUCUCAAGAUGGGCCUUUUUGAAAAAUUGUAUUUAGUUUUUUUGCAGUCUCAGCUGUUAUGAAGCUGAACAGGCCAUAAUGGGGUGGUUGGGUGGGGCCAUAUUCUCCUCUAUGCUAUAAAACUUUCCUUUCACUUGAGGCCUUUACAAGCUGUCAGAUGUAUAGAAACUGAUUUUAAAAGAACAAAACACUUAAAAACAUGUGCUAUUUAGUCUUAAACUUUCUUUUUAUUUUAAUUGCAACAGUUUAGUCUGUAUUGACAAGUACAUUUUGCAUUCU